AUUAAGUAAAGGCCAGAAGCCACCACCCUAAAUCAGUUACAUGAGGUUGCCAGACAGUAACCAACUUAAGUUCUUGCCUUUGGCAUUGACUAAGAGCUUCCAGAGACAAGGUCUUCUCCCUUCUUCCUGGCACAGAGAGGGAGGCAGCCCCACAGACGGAGGUUUCCCCUACAAAUGUAAAUGCCUCCCAACAAAGGGCGAGCAAACUCAGCUCCUCGGAGCCUGCUUCUCAUCUGCAGUUUUAAAAUUAACCAGCCUAAAAUCCUCAUCAAACUGAUAGGGUGAGGCCCACCCACAUUCUGGAGAGUGGUCUGCUUGAGUCAGCCUACCUCCCGAUUUCCAUGUUAAUCUCAUCUGAAACAUACCUUCACAGCAGCGUCCAGACCGGUGUCUGACCACACCUCUGGGUACCGUGGCCUGGCCAAGCUGAUGCAUAAAAUUAACCCCCACGCUCCCCAGGCCUUGGCCAGCCUGCAGAGUGGCGCUGGUCACCUCCCCACGUGCACACAGGCUCCCGGACAAGCCGGGUGUCGGGGAAAGACAAGAACAGUCUCCCAUUCCUAUGCGGGAACCUCCCCACCCCCCACCGCGUCCUGACCUCCCUCUCAGCACCCUGAGGGCACGGAGAGGGGAAGCUGCCAACUGUCGGGAAUGAGACGGAAACGUGAGGGGACGUGCGUCCAGCCCCAGAAACCCAAAACCCAAAGUCAGGGUUCCGAUUGCCUUAGGAUCGCACAGCUUCACUCAGUUUCCCUCAAGAGAGGAAAACGAGAACAUCCCCGGGCACCGGCCCCUGGGAGCUGGGGCGUCAGCUCGCCUGGCUGUGCCUUCGGCCCUCGCCGUGGGGACCGGAGCCCCCUCCCUCGUGGCGGGCCCAGGGCGGGAACAGACGAGCUCUGUGGACUUGGGGGUUGGGCUGUGGCACGUCGGGGCCGGAGGUGGCGGGGGUGUCGUGGUCUUGCCCGUGGGUGGGAGGCGGUCGUCCUGGAACGUGCGUGUCUGGCACGUGGCCGGCUGCCCGUAAGUGCCGUGCAAACUGUCCAGACAGAUGAGGUGGCCCGACCUCCCAUCGCUGGAACACCUGCCAUAGAGGAAGCAGUGCUGAGCUGCGUCGAAACCGGGUUGUCCCUUCUGGGGCUUCUUGAGGAGGGUGAGGAGGUGGGGAGGUGGGUCCCACGGAUCUCGGGGAGUCUGCUGCCAGCUGUGCUGCAGACCUGCCGUGGGCACAGACCGACACCCAUUUCCCUCGCCUGGAGGGAAGUGCCGAGCCAGGGUGGAGUGGGUGGAGUGGGAGGACUUCUGCUUUCCGGCCCCGGCCCCAGAUCCCGGGUGGGGCAGAAAUGGCUGGUUGCCCCCAAUAUCUGCUCUCUCUCUUCCAUGAGAAUAGAACCUCCCAUUUUUAGCUGGCCACAUGGCUCCCCAAAUAAAGACUGUAUUUCCCAGCCUCCUUUGCAGCUGCGUAUGGCCGUGUUGCAAAGUUCCGACCAAUGGGAUAUAAGCCAGAAGCAGCCGCUUCCAGGAAUCUUUAUCGUACAGGACCAUCAGCAUGUUCCUCGUGCCUCUUUUCUUCUCCACUUCCUCAGUCCUGCUGCCUGGAGUUUGAAUGUGAUGGCUGGAACUCUAGCUGCCAUCUUGGGGCCAUGAGGGCAAAGGCCAUGCUUUAGGGAGGAAGGAGGGGGGAGCCGGAAGGAGCUUGGGUCUGCAAGGAGCAGAGAUGCCUCAGCACUGUUAGCUCCCACCUCCGGACUUCAAUGUGAAAGAGAAAGAAAUGUCUCCCCGAAGACACUGUGGUUUGGUGAACCUCAUCCUGGCUGAUACACCAGGGGGACCCAGGCAGUCGGCAAGUCGUGGCUGGAGAAGUCUCUGGCCUUCAACUGAUUGGACGAGGCCCACCUACAUUAUGGAGGACAAGUCGCUUCACCUGAAGUCCACUCAUUUAAAAGUUAAUCUCAUCCAAAAACAUCCUCAUGGAAUCAUCCAUAUCCGGGCACUGUGGCCCAGCCACGUGGACAUGUAAGAUUAGCCAUCCCAGAGGGGCCACGCCCAAGGGCCAGACGGGAGGCCAGCACGGGACCAGGAAGAGCCAGGAUGGAGGAACACACACCCCCUCUGCACCAGCCACGGUGACAGCUGGGGAAGCCCCUGGGCUCAGGGUCAACUGGGUGAGGGCCGCUGAGGGAGGAUCUCGAAUUUGGCCCUGUUUGACCCCAAGAUGACGGAGGAGAGUGACACAAGCAUCCGCGUGCACCCAGGGCUUCCGUGUGAGUUCUGCCCGCGUCCGUGUGACAUACAGACCAUCCUGUGAUCCCACCACGUUCAGAAAGACAGGAAAUUACAUAAAGCGAGAAAUGAAAACGCCCUGCCCCGUCUCACGCCGGCUGAGAGGUGACUUCUCCUGAAUGGUCGGGUGCGUGUUCUUCCCAGGGUCCCCUCCAAAUGCCCCGAGGUGGAAGUGUGUCAGCUCAGGUCCCCAGGGAUGUGGAGACUGUGACAAGACCAUGGUGCCGGUGGCUCACUCGGGAGAUGAUGCCAGGAGGCGCGGGAGCAGGAAGAGACAGAGGCGCGGUGGGUCCCUGGGGCUGCAGCCAGGACCCCACGGGGCUCAGAGGCCAGCCUCUGGGGUUGACCCCGAGGGCCAGGAGGCACUGACCCUGCAGGGUGGGCUGUGUUUGCUGGGGCCGAGUCCCUGGCCGUGGAGGAGCCCUGGGGCAGAGAGCAAAAAGUCAGGAGUGAAACUCAGAGCCAGGGGCACGGCAGCCGGAUCAGAGCUGUCCCCCGGCUGUGACACGGACUGGAGGCAUCGGGGACGAGAAAGUCCUGUACACGCUCACACUCUCACACUCACACCCACGCGCCCGUCUCUGGCCUCCCUGCUGCUGCUCCCGCUGCCCCCUCUGCUCAGAACGCCCGGCCCCACCGUCUCCUGCAGCUCCUGGACCCUCCACAAGCCUCAGGGGCCCCCUCAGCCACUGGCUCGGUUACUUGGCCAGCAGGGGGCUGAGCCGGGAUUCGAACCGAGCUCUGUGGCCUUUUCCCAUGUCACCUCCAGAAGCCGGGUGGGAUGCGCUGGGCAAUACGGAGUCACAGCGUGUUCCUGAGCAGGGGAGAAACCUGAGCCUGCGUCGUCAUUACCUGGCGCCUCGUAGCUGCUCAGCAAACUGAGGGCCGAGAGCUGGUGGAUAAGGAAGGAGGAUGUUAGAGAAACAGGGUCCUUAAG